GCUGCGUCGCUAGGGGCGGUGGAGGGUCUGUCUGUCCGAGAGGGAGGCGCUUGACGCCGGCAGAGGCUGUGGGAGAAAAGAGCGACGAACCGGGUGGAAGCCCUAAAAACGACCUGACGUUACACUCUUUAGAUUGCUCUGUUUCCCACACUACUGUCUGGGGUGAUUAAAGGUACGUUUCGCUCGUGUGUUUCUUGAGCUGUGCUGUGUUUUCAGCUGGAAGUGUCCGUGUUUUUGAGCAGAUGAGCUCGUUCUGUAAGGCCUUUAGCUGCUAAGGCUAACGGUAGCGCCGCUAAUUCCGGUUAAAUCGACUCGCCUGAGGCUGGAAACACAUCAGGACUCCUGACAUCGCGGCGGUUAAUAAGUCUCCCCCCCCCCCGCGUCUCGUGAUCUGUGUGUGUGUGUUGGGACAGCAGCUGUAUUCUCUGGUCUGGCCGGCCGCGCUCUCAGCGAUCCGUCAUGGGGGACAUGAGUGAUCUGGACAGACAGAUCGAUCAGCUGAGGAGGUGUGAGCUCAUCAAGGAGAACGAGGUCAAAGCCCUGUGUGCCAAAGCCAGAGAGAUUCUUGUAGAAGAGAGUAACGUACAGAGGGUGGACUCUCCGGUGACGGUGUGUGGUGACAUCCAUGGGCAGUUUUAUGACUUGAAGGAAUUGUUUAGGGUGGGAGGAGACGUUCCAGAAACAAACUACCUCUUCAUGGGAGAUUUUGUGGACCGAGGCUUUUACAGCGUCGAGACCUUCCUGUUACUUCUUGCCCUGAAGGUGCGUUAUCCAGACAGAAUCACGCUGAUCCGGGGGAAUCACGAGUCCAGACAGAUCACGCAGGUGUACGGCUUCUACGACGAGUGUUUGAGGAAGUACGGCUCGGUCACGGUGUGGCGGUACUGCACGGAGAUCUUCGACUAUCUGUCGCUCUCCGCCAUCAUCGACGGCAAAAUCUUCUGUGUUCACGGCGGCCUGUCGCCCUCCAUCCAGACUCUGGACCAGAUCCGCACCAUCGACAGGAAGCAGGAAGUGCCUCACGACGGGCCCAUGUGUGACCUCCUGUGGUCGGAUCCUGAAGACACCACAGGAUGGGGCGUGAGCCCGCGGGGAGCCGGAUAUCUGUUCGGAAGUGACGUCGUGGCCCAGUUCAACGCCGCUAACGACAUCGACAUGAUCUGCAGAGCGCACCAGCUCGUUAUGGAGGGGUACAAGUGGCACUUCAACGAGACGGUUCUCACGGUGUGGUCCGCUCCUAACUACUGCUACAGGUGUGGUAACGUGGCGGCGAUCUUGGAGCUGGACGAGCACCUGCAGAAAGAGUUCAUCAUAUUCGAAGCUGCUCCACAAGAAACGAGAGGCAUUCCCUCCAAAAAGCCAGUCGCUGACUACUUCCUGUGAGCGAGUCCGGACGCCAGCGCUCUCAACAGGAAGUGCUGUCCUGUGUGUUCUUGUACUUCUGUUUCCAACUGUCUUAAUUGUGCUCUCUUUUUUUUUUUACACUUUCUCUGUAUAUUCCUUUUUUUAUUUCUAUUUUCCAUCGACUUUCACAUUCUCCCUCCGCCAUCAAGACACAGAAUGGCAUGAUCUCCUCCUCCACGGCUGUGGCUCUCAGACUCACGGUGUGCUGUAGAUGUAGACGUUUGUAAUGUAGGUGAACAGCAGCAGGGACGGUGGCGCGUGAGACCGCUGCUCUCUGCUUUUACAGUUCUGCUGUUCCUCAGAAAGAUGCAUUUUGAAGCGGCAGGUUGUUGGACACUUUUUUUUUUUUCUUUUUCUUGCUUUACAUUCUCUUCUCAUGUAAAUUGUAAAUGCGUAAGAGAAUGGAUAUGCUUCGAUUAUAGUUUACGGUCAUCUGUUUUCACCGGAGUCAUCAUAGUUUGAGAGUUUUGUGCAGGACAGACACGGACACGAGCGACACUGGAGAACACACACCUGCUUUCCCUCUCGACUGUUCUCUCUAUAGGACUUAUCGUUGAUUUUUAUUUUUAAUUUGUGAAAAUAAAAUGUACUUUUGUAUGAAUUUAA